AAAGCAGAUAGCGCGCGAUCUCUGUCGACUGCUUUUGUUUGUCGACUUCGUUUGAAUAAAGAAAAUUGUCUAGACAUAGUUCAAUUACUUUUUCAAUACCCUGAUUUUUCCUAAUUUGUGUUAACUAUUAAGUUUCUUCUUCACACUAACAAUUUAUCACUUGGUUAAUAUGAUUAACAUCAGAUUUUACAUACUUGUAAGGACUGGAGCCAUGUGUCAAAACCGGAUGCUUCGUUCAAACCAGUUAAUAACUAGCACCCCAAAACUCUUAAGAAAGUUUCACUCGUCUAAAUCUAGUUCAGUUCUCCGUCGUCCCUCAAGCAACGAACAAGAGAUUACGGAACGAUUGAACAAUCUACUAGUCAUGACUUCUUCGUGCAAAAUUAAGGAUCAGUUUCACAAAUUCUUCCCAGAAAUUUUGAGAUGUUUGAAGAGCUCAUCAACCUUAAGUGAAUUGCCAUCGAUGCAACAAUGGAUUGAAAAGAUUGUCGAAUAUAAUUUGAAAGGGGGGAAAAUGAAUCGUGGUCUGGCUGUUGUGGAAAGCUUCAUGAUUUUCAAAAAUGACCAAAUUUCAGAUCAAGACAUAGAAAUAGCAAUAGCACUUGGUUGGGCUGUUGAAAUGUUGCAGGCAUUCUUCCUUGUCGCAGAUGAUAUCAUGGAUGAUUCUCUCACGCGAAGAAUGAAACCUUGUUGGUAUCGUACGAACAAUCUAGGUGUUAAGGCUUUCAAUGAUUCUAUACUGUUGGAAAGCCUAAUAUAUCAGAUACUUUCGUCAUAUUGUAAAGACCGGCAUUACUAUCUUCCUAUAUUGGAACUGUUCCAUGACGUUACAAUGAGGACAUCUCUUGGCCAAGCUAUGGAUUUGCACUCAACUCCAGAUCCAAACCAAUCUCCUGAUCUAAGCAAAUUUACAAUGAAAACAUACGAUGCUAUAGUAAAGUAUAAAACCGCAUAUUACUCCUUCUACUUACCUGUAGCCAUUGCUAUGCGUUUGUCGGGAAUCCAGGAUGAACGUCUUUUUAAGCAAGCGGAAGAUAUUCUAUUACCCAUGGGGCGAUUCUUUCAAGUACAGGACGAUUAUUUGGACUGUUUUGGUGAUCCUGAAGUAACGGGUAAAAUCGGCACCGAUAUUGAAGAUGGAAAAUGCUCAUGGCUAAUUGUAACAGCUCUACCUUUGUGUGAUUCAGCUCAGCGACAGUUGAUUGAAACGCACUAUGCCUCAAAAGAUCCUUCAUCCGUGAAGCUGGUGAAGUCGUUAUAUCAACAAUUGGGCAUCCCGAAGUUAUACAUUGAAUAUGAAGAAAAUAGUUAUAAGCAGUUAACUCAAAUGAUAGAAGGAAUCAAGCAACAACUUCCUACGUCCGUAUUCCAAGGAUUUAUGGAGAAGAUUUACAAGAGAUUAAAUUGAAGGACGUAAUACGGUAUCUUGAUUAACGUCAAUUGGUGCACUGCGCUUUCCGAACGCGUUACGAGACAUCGACAUUAGAAUGACAGCCGUUUGGCUUGUUAAAUUCUGACAAAUCGUCGUAGUCAAUGAAGCCAAAUUUAUUACUUAGCGCGACAGAAUAUACUGGUAGUUUAUCAUGAA